ACUCAACUCCCUACGAACUCAUUCUGAAACUCGAGAUCAGAAACUCCGUACGCAGUAGUACGUUUCUUUUCGGAAAUUUAACAAACGGAAAUCCAAAAGCCAAAGCAGAGACCAAAAGGAAAAAAAAAAAAAAUUAGGGUUAGGGUUUCGCUACCGAAUCCUGAUCGCGCCAUUUCGAUCUUUCUUUGUGAAAUUAGAAGGUUAAACCAUGGCGGACGGUUUUUGGAAUCGGCAGCAGCCUCUGCUCCACCCCGGUGGAAUCCUUAAGCGGCCUCGUACGGAGUACGAUCUCUCCACUUCUGGGCAGCCUUCAGGUCAUGAGAUGCAUAAUUAUUUCCGACGUGGUGAUGAGCACGAUGGUCCUAGGGCAGUAAAGGACACAAAAACAAUUGGAUCAGCUUAUGACCGUUAUCUCCAGAGUUCGCAAAUUUCGUCGUUAAAUCCUGGAGAAGCUAGUGCACUUGGUGGUGUCGGAAUAGCAGGAAGGGCUUUUGUUGGUGGAAUGCCUGGUCUUCCAACAACUGAUCAUGCUGUUAUGGGUCGUCAUGGAGCAAUUGUUCCUGAUUUAGCACGAAAUGGUCGAAGUACUAGUUUUGAAGAUCACCUCCCGAUCGAUCCACGGGCUAGGCCAGGACGUGAAAUAGCUCCUUUACCUCCAGAUGCUUCGAGCACUUUAUAUGUUGAAGGACUUCCUCCUGACUGCUCAAGAAGGGAAGUAGCUCAUAUUUUCCGCCCUUUUGUCGGAUAUAAAGAAGCGAGACUUGUGAGCAAAGAGUCAAGACAUCGUGGUGGGGAUCCUAUCAUCCUUUGUUUUGUGGAUUUUGCAAACCCAGCUUGUGCGGCAACUGCUAUGAAUGCCUUGCAAGGUUAUAGGGUAGAUGAACACAUUUCAGAAUCAAGUUAUUUGAGGCUGCAGUUUUCGCGGUUCCCAGGUCCAAGGUCUAACGCUGGGCCACGCAGGAAGAGAUGAACAAACUUGAGGUAGUGAGAGAUAUUGUUGCGGAUCACCAUUUCUUGAUACACAUUUUUAUGUAUCCUCCCUUUUAGGAGUUUCAUAGAACAUCCUACCCAAAAUAUAUUUCAUCUGUCCAAUCCUGGGCUCAACUCAGGGCAAACACUUGAAAUGUUCAUGUUGUAUCUAGGGCUUGCGGUGAAGAAAUUUAGUAGUUAUAACAAAUUAUAGUUAAUGCCUUUGUGGCCAUUUCCAUGUUAGAUCAUGUUCAUGAAGAAGUUUUGUAUUCCAGCUCCCAUCCCCACCCACAAUUAAUGUGUUCUGCAAUUUGACUUUAUCUAAUUUGCAUUCCCAAGUUUUCGGGGAGAAAAGUACAUG